AUUUAUUUUCAGUUUUAAUAAAUUAAUGACACAUAACUAUUAUUAUUUUUUGCAGUUUUGCAUCUCUGCUGACAAUAUAUGAAACUUUAAUGACGUCACUGCAGAACCAUCCCGGACCAGAUGGGGGCGCUGAAGCACAGCGAGCUAAAACGAAGUCGAGCAACCCGGAAGUGAGAGUGCGUCUUGGUGCUGUUUUGUUUUCUUCUCUUCUUGGCGUCAGAAACUUGUGUUUUCUGUUGAAAAUGGCCGUCAGCGCGGUUCACCUGGAGUCUGACGCCUUCCUGGUGUGCAUGAACCACGCGCUGAGCACCGAGAAGGAGGAGGUGAUGGGUUUAUGCAUCGGGGAGGUGGAGGCGUCCCGGAUCGUCCACAUCCACUCGGUGAUCAUCCUCCGCCGCUCCGACAAGCGGAAGGACCGGGUGGAGAUUUCCCCGGAGCAGCUGUCCGCCGCCUCCACCGAGGCGGAGCGGCUGGCGGACUCCACCGGCAGACCGAUGCGGGUGGUGGGCUGGUACCACUCCCACCCGCACAUCACGGUGUGGCCGUCCCACGUCGACGUGCGGACCCAGGCGAUGUACCAGAUGCUGGACCAGUGCUUCGUGGGGCUCAUCUUCUCCUGCUUCAUCGAGGACAAGAACACCAGGACGGGCCGCGUCCUCUACACCUGCUUCCAGUCCGCGCAGGCGCAGAAGGGCUCUGAGUACGAGCGAGUGGAGAUUCCCGUGCACGUGGUGCCGCGAGAGGCGAUCGGGAAGGCGUGCCUGGAGUCCGCCGUGGAGCUGCCGCGGAUCCUGUGCCAGGAGGAGCAGGACACGUACCGCCGGAUCCACGGGCUGUCCCACCUGGACCCGGUCACCAAGAUCCACAACGGCUCGGUGUUCACCAAGAUGUGCAGCCAGAUGUCCGCCGUCAGCGGGCCGCUGCUGCAGUGGCUGGAGGACCGGCUGCAGCAGAACCGCCAGAGCAUCGCGGAGCUCCAGCGGGAGAAGAGCGGCUGCAGCGGGAGCUGGGUGCGCUGUGAGCCGGCGGGACGGCUGUCCGAUAAUGGGCGCAUCGGUGCUGUGUCUUCCGCUUUUCGGGCAGAACUCGAACCUUUUUUCUGUUGCUAUUACUGAAAAACAUGUAUUGUUAUGUAAAUAAAAAGAUUUAAGGUUAAAAUGCAAAAGUCUUUGGUCACCCUAAGAUGAAUAUAACUGUUAUGUUUUGGGACUGGGAGAAAAAAA